GCACGCACCUCCGAGCGCCCAGAACUUGUCCGUCGCCCCGGCACCAAUUUCCGAAAAGAACGACAACCAUCUCCAAUCUUACGCAUUUGCGUAUUGUCGCAUCGUCUGCGCGGCUCUACAGCUCGCGACUCGUCGCUCGCAACUUCUAUACUCUCUUUUGGUCGCUGUUUUAUUUAAUUUGUCCUCUUGCUUGAUUCCAUGCGCCGGAAAUGAUUGCGCCGUUGCAAUGUCGCAAGCCACCAGCACGAAAUGUGCCUCGCGAUGGGUGACGCGCAUCAUCCCCAUCAUCAUCACUGGCACCAGCGGCUAUGCUACUUACGUAGUUGUGGCCUAUCUAGGCGUCGACUACCUGUAUAGAACCAGGGGCGAGCAUGGCGCCGCCAUUUCGACAAUUACCCUCUACCUCUUUUUCUACCUCCUCACGAUCGCCACCUAUCUACGAACGUUCCUCAAGAUCAAAGCGGACCCUGGCUUGGUCCCGCUUGGCCCACAGGCUCAACAAGCAUUAAGAGAAUCGAACAAAAAGAGUAGGCGGAGAAAGGAAGGAGACUUGGAAAGUCAGCCGUACUUCACAGGCCCCGAUCAGGACCCGGAUAGCCCCGGCUUGGAGGGAUUCUACAGCAAGGACAUAUUCGUUUGCGAGAGUGACGGAAGGCCGAAAUGGUGUUCCGAGUGCCGCAAUUGGAAGCCUGAUAGAGCACAUCAUUCGAGCGAGGUUGAGCGAUGCGUACGAAAGAUGGAUCACUAUUGCCCCUGGGUUGGUGGCAUGGUGUCGGAGACCUCUUUCAAGUUCUUUGCCCAGUUUACCUUCUACUGCACUUGUUAUUGCGCAGUUGCGCUGGGCCAAACAGCUUAUUGUCUGGCUUCACAGGUGCGCGAUGGGUCCGUCGACGGGAGAACGAUCUCGGGUGUCGCAAUCGCAGGUUUCUUUGGGCUUUUUACCUUUCUCAUGACUGCGACUUCUUGGCGCUUCAUUUUACUUAAUAUCACCAACAUCGAUGCCCUUCGAAAGUCCUGGGUCCAUCAACUAGCAAUCAGGGUACCGAAUGGCACCCGGCCCGGAAAUAGCUACGGCUUGAUCACAUAUCCCCUACCAAAGUAUCCACAAGGGAUUCCUACCUCCUCUGACGCCACCGUCGACAGCGAAACGCCCCGCGAUAGACUUGCUACCCGCACGUUUGCCAUUGUCAGGACCGAGCCAGACGAAAAUCCGUGGGAUCUCGGGUACGCCAGAAACUGGACGUCCAUUAUGGGGUACUCCUUGAUCGACUGGCUUUUGCCCAUACGCGGGUCACCAUGCGUCAAUCACGAUAGCAUGGAGAGUGACUACGAGAUGGGCCCCUUGAUACAAAGGCUCAGAGAACGACACAGUCUACCUGACCCCAACGGUUCAUCUGGCGGAAUGGAGAUGCAGGAGCUGAGAGACAGCGAUCGUUGACCGAGGCCUAAGCAUAUCGAGCGGCCUUUGCACAUUCAGGCGUUAACAGGGAGUGAGCAAUCCAAAGGGGGCCGGCGUUUUAUUUUGGUUUAUAUGCCAAUAUGCACACACCUAUACACAGACGUAACUAAAAUUAAGCCUUCUUAUGUAGUAAUUAAUUUAGUAUAUGGAAACCCGCACU